AUGGGUGACUACUCGAAAGCACUUGAAUAUUACGAAAAAUCACAUAAAAUCCUCGAAAAAGCUCUGCCUUCGAAUCACCCUGAUUUGGCUAGUUCAUACAACAACAUCGGUCAAGUGUAUAACAACAUGGGUGACUACUCGAAAGCACUUGAAUUUCACGAAAAAUCACAUAAAAUCUACGAAAAAGCUCUGUCUCUGAAUCAUCCCUUAUUGGCUACUUCCUACAACAACAUCGGUCAAGUGUAUAACAACAUGGGUAACUACUCGAAAGCACUUGAAUUUUGCGAAAAAGCACUUAAAAUAAGAGAAACAGCUCUGCCUCCGAAUCAUCCCGAUUUGGCUACUUCCUCCAACAACAUCGGUGGAGUGUAUAAGAACAUGGGUGACUACUCGAAAGCACUUGAAUUUUACGAAAAAGGUCUCGAAAUCACGAAAAAAGCGCUGCCUCCGAAUCAUCCCGAUUUGGCUACUUUGUACAACAACAUCGCUGGAGUGUAUUACAACAUGGGUGACUACUCGAAAGCACUUGAAUUUCACGAAAAAUCACAUCAAAUAAGAGAAAAAGCUCUGCCUCCGAAUCAUCCCUUAUUGGCUACUUCCUACAACAACAUCGGUGGAGUGUAUAACAACAUGGGUGACUACUCGAAAGCACUUGAAUGUCACGAAAAAGCACUUAAAAUAAAAGAAAAAGCUCUGCCUCCGAAUCAUCCCUCAUUGGCUACUUCCUACACCAGCAUCGGUAUGGCAUAUUUCGGCAAAGGAGACUACUCAAAAGCACUCUCAUUCUUAGAAAAGGCACUUUCUAUCUUUAAAAAAUCACUCCGACCUAAUCAUCCUAAUAUUAAAACAGUCACAAACUCAAUUGACAAUGUAAAAAAGAAAAUGUAA